AGUUAUGUGGAUCGCUAUCGCGAUUAAGAACAUUUCUGACUUGAAAUCUUUAAUGCGUUCUUCAUGUUUUUGAAGUGUCAAUUUGAAUUACAGUUUUACAAAAUGAAAUGUCAAUGUUUGAGCGUAAAGCAGACUAAUUGUUUGGCAAAAUAUCUAUGGCAAAGGAUGCCACCAUCUUGGAUGAAGAUAAAAUAAACUUACGACAGGUAUGGGGCUAUCUUAGAUUUACGACAGACUUAGAUAGCUUAGGGCUACGAUCGUUUCGAAAAUCUAGCAGGCCUCGAUUAUCCAGUGUAUUAUUUCCCCACUCUACCAUAAUAGCACAAAAACGUUGUUGAAAUAUACUCUCGAAACUUAUGACCAAUCUUUCCCUAUUUAAAAGUGUUGGAAAUCGUAGUACUGAACUUCUAAAAAUUCCCCUUUCGGCAUCGUCUGCUAAGUUAACCAUGUUUGUAAACAAUAUAUCACGUGACUGACGUCAUUAGAUGCCGCGCGGUAAAAAAAAUAUGGAAACGUUUUCGGGACAUCUCUUAUACUAUUUUACCGUUCGUUCCAAUGGUUCUAAGAUACUUCUUUAUGUUCUUUCAGACCAGUGCGACCGUUCGUGGUCAUUAUAGAUCCAAUUACAGCAUUGAUCACCUGGAUAAUGCCUAUAAACUUGUUACCGAAGAAAAUGUAUCUGGACAGAGGACUGCAGCUAGAUGGGGUGUUCCAGUUUCAACACUUAAAGACCGUCUUCUCGGAAAUAUCAGCCUCGACACAGUCAAGUCGGGACCGAUGCCGUUAUUUACAGCAACACAGGAAUCAUUCUUGGCCAGUCACAGUCGGGUUAUGGGGGAGAUUGGCUAUGGUUACACUCGUCAGGAGACAAGCAACCUUGCGAGUUACUAUGCUGUCCACUUGGGAUAUCGGGAUCGUUCUCAUCCAUUGAGUUUACGGUGGUUGUACAGUUUCAUUGAUAGAUGGCCAGAACUUAAAGUCCAGAAACCACGCAAACUGGAGGCUGCAAGGGCGAGAUCGGCGACCAAGGAGAACAUUUUGAGGUAUUUUGAAGAGCUAUCACAGGUCAUAAAGAAGCACUGCUUGGACAAUUCUCCUAUCAUGCUACCUUCAACAUCGACGAGAAAGGCCUCUCUGCCGACGUUACACCCCCGGAGAUUGUUGCCGGUGUUAAUUGCAAGGCACAGACCAGAAGAACUGCUGUCCGAAGCAGCACCUGGAGCCUCUGGCACUGUGUCUGAGACAGGAUGGUCGAAUGCGGAUGUAUUCAGUACCUACAUGAAGGAUCACUUGGCGAAAUACCUCCCAGCUCACCACCUGGAUUACAGCCUGUCAUUCAUUUCUGGGAGAGCCAUCAGUAAACACGACAUAUGCGGGAUAGCAUGUAAAGUGUUCAAUUCCACUUUGACGCCUAUUAACAUUGUAUCUUCCUUCAGAAAAUCUGUAAUCCACCCGUUCAACUCAGAGGUUGUUGAUGACUUGCUUGUCAUGCCUGCUCGGUCUUUUACCAGGCCCCCGCCGUCUGAUUCGGAAGGAAAUGCGGUUGUUACCAAUACUGAUUGUGCUGCACGAGAUUUUCUGGAAUGUCGGGAUGGCGUAACAAGGUUUGAUCAAACUUAUAGACAUCGUUGUAUUUUUACCAACUCCCACAUCUAUAAUAUUAGUGUGUGGAGUGUAUAGUUUACUUCCCAGUUGUAGCUGACAGUUAGCAAGUGCACUACAACAGUUCAACUGUGGAAACAAUAGACAGACGAAACAUCAAUAAUGCAAUAAGCUUUUUUGAAAAAUAACAAUACAAAUAUCAACAGAUGUAUAGUAAUAAUUACAAUGUGUAACAAUAGUACUACAUUGUAGAUCACAUGCAUCAUAUUGUAAAGAAUCCAUGCACACAUUAUUUAUGAAUUAUAAGGUGGAAAUAUUCAGCUAAACAGCAUUAUCAGCGUUAGAAAUUGGCACUAGUCCUAUAGUCCUUGCCAAACUGCCCAAUGGUAAAGGUAUCAUAAGGACUAGUAGAAAUGUUCCCUUUUUAAGGGUUUUGCUAUAUGUUAUCAUUAUAAGGACUAGUGGAGGAAAACUGUUAGUUUCUAACCCUGAUUAUAAAUAUAUACAUAUUUACAUUCACAUCUUACGUAGGAAGUUCUUAUUGGAAGAUAGAAAAAUAUAUUUAUCAAUAAAUUUAUAGUAAUAAUAACACUAUAUAUAGAUCACAUAAUGCUAUUUUAGAGACUAUCUACACACAAUACUUUUGUACAUGGCUGUGGUUAUGUGGCAAAAUUGUUCUGUUCAACAGCAAAUACAUAAAAUACUGUAUUCAUAUGUAUUUACAGUUUACAGGAAUGUAUUGGAAACGAGUGGUAUCUAUACCCGGUAAACUCAAUCAUAAUGUAUAGAUAUUUAUAUAAAGUAUGUAAAACUGACUAAUGAUAAUGGCAUAUCAAUUUUGAAUAGUAAUUUUCCAAAUAAUCUUUCUAUUAAUAACUUCAAUUACUCUAUACUAUAUUUUCUUACCUUGGCAAAGAUGCUGAACUGCCCAUGUCCCAUUGCAGGUGCUGUGUCCAUGUCAUUGUUCUGAAGUAAACAAACAUGUAAACAUUAUGAUACGAUCGAUGUGUCAUCUGUUACAACACCUCUCCCACUGCCAGAUUGUACAGAAAGAGUAACAAUGAAAAUAAAGUUGGGUGUCCAUUGCCUCUUCCUCAAAUUAGAACACGUGUAUGACAAGAACAUCCUCCCUCCCAUGCGCCGAUCUUGAUACAAGAGAAAGCAAUAAGGCACCCAUUAUGCAUGAUAUUUGCGCAUAAUAAGAAAAGACCCCCUGCAAGGAAGCUAUGCUUGUCGUUGGAGGCGACAGUACCGAUCGAAUGGUCAGGACGCGUUUGAUUGUCAUUGCCAUAGUGCUGGUGGAUCGUUAAUCAGAUUAUCAAUUGUUACUUUGUCUGAUCCAGACUAAAUUAUUUACAGGCUGCCGCAAUAAAGCUGGAAUAUUGUGCGGCGUUAAACAACAUGUAAACAGGCUAACAAGCUAACCCUAAUGGGAUGAUAAAAUAAAUCAAAAUAUUAUUAUUAAUAUAGUUCAUCUUUCUCAAAGACCAACAGACGUAAAACUGUUACCUGUUGGGCGGCAUGUCCGGCGAUGGUAGAAGGUAGUCUCCGUACCCCAGUGCCUGAUGUUGACAGGUACUUCAACAUGUCCACUU